CUGGACUGGGACUGUCAAAAUCGAAGAGGCGCUAGCAACCCGUCCAAUUUCUGCCGCCGGAUAUCUCACGUGACGGCGCGGCGGAGACGCGGGUUCGCCGCGACGGCCCCUGCUUAUUAUCGCGUGUGUUUAUAUUAUAUUCCUGCGUUGUGGUCAUUAGAUCAUGGCUGUUCUUGUUCAAGAAUAAUAUCUAUGGAUAUCCGUCCCCUAUGUCGGAAGAUGAAGUAUACACUAAGCUUGCAAACGAGAAGAACGAAAAGCAACCACUAUCCUCUGGGAAUACUCCGUACAGAUCCACCGAUCUGUCGACCGCAUCAUCCCCGAUGCGGGGGUUUCGUGGGAGGAUCGGACUUGAGCCGAGCUGGUCCUGAGGGGAGCCGGGAUCGGGCUCAGGAUCAGGAUCCAUAUCUCUCUGCUCUCCCCCGUCGUCCCAUUGCUAAAACCGACAUCACAUCCACCUAUCCAACCCAGGGACUAUGGCGCACCUAAACGACAUCCGCGGCCGAUUGGCACUCAUCACCGGCGCCUCGGGAGGAAUCGGCUCAGCAUGUGCCCACCAGCUCGCAAACAAAGAAGUCCACCUAGCCCUAACAUACUCCUCCAACGCGAGCGCCAUCACGUCUCUCCAGACCGACCUCCUUGCCCAGCAUCCGGCGCUUCGCAUCUCCAUCCACCAGGUCGACGUCGGGUCCGCAGACCAAAUCGACGCUCUCUUCGAGCAGAUCGACCAGCACCACGGCCAGCGCCCGGACAUUCUCGUCUCGAAUGCCGGCUACGGCAAGCGCAUCCAGAAUGUCUGGGAUAUCUCGCUCGAGGAGUUCGAUUACACCCUGAAUGUUAAUCUCCGGGCCUCGUUUAUCCUGGUGAAGGGCGUCGUCGAGCAUAUGAAGAGUCAGCGCUGGGGGCGCGUGAUCUUCAUGUCUUCCAUUGCGGCGUAUGGGGGUGGAAUCAAUGGUUGUCAUUACGCCGCCUCAAAAGCUGGAAUGACCGGGAUGAUGCGCAAUCUCUCGACGCGUCUGGCGCCCUUCAAUAUUAGCGUCAAUGACGUGGCGCCCGCCAUGAUCGGGGAAACAGGCAUGAUCCCUAACGCGGAGGCUAUCCCCGAGGUUGCGGCUGGUAUUCCGCUCGGGAGACUGGGAGUUCCGGAGGAGGUGGCUAAUGUGGUGACUAUGUUGGUGACGACGGGGUAUAUGACGGGCCAGAGUUUGUUGCUGGCGGGAGGGUUGAAAUAGGACCUUUGCCCUUGGUAGACCCGAUGGGCUGGGGGGUGACUUUGAAUAAUGUCAUAUAUAAUACUACUGUGUAUGUGUGUAGGUGUCUCUGCUCUGGACACCUUUUUUACUACGUGGGGGGGGACCGGACCUUCUCCGCGUCGGCUAUUGACGUCGACGGCGCAAUAGCCGAUGGUAUGUGUAAUGUCGUAUUACACAUGGAGUCCCUUUUUUAUUCCAUCUCGUCCGGCGUGUCGGAUGAAACAGAAGAGGGGGGAUCUGUUCCUUCCGUACUCUCUGAUUGAUGGUCACAGCCUACUUACCUAACUACAUUGAUGUUUCCACUGAUGUAGAUGUUGAUACCUCCUUCAACCUCGGGUGUCCUCCCUCCCUCCCUAC